AUGAACUGGCUCACUGCUUUAGCAGUGCGCAUUGCUGCCGCCAAUGCUGUGGCAGCAGCGUAUGCUUCAGAUCAGUAUCCGCUCACCGCUCAGGCAGAGACGCGUGUGUCCCUGCCGUGGGAUGAACCUCUAAGCCAGGAUGCGACUGGCAAUUUCAUCUUUCAAGCCUUAGCGUCACUGAUGCAAACGGCUGCCAAUGCCAUAUACCCCAACGGGCAUGCAAUUGUUCCUGCCAGCAUACCUCCUGGGACACUCCUCUAUCACGGCAGGGGCAGUGAUGUUCUCCCUGAGAUGGACUGGAUCGCAUUCGACCCGGAGCAUUCUAUGUUUUUCGCAGGGCGCGGAAACGAUAGCACGUUGUUCACCUUCAGUACGACCCGUGAACUGAAGCUGGUCUAUUUUGACGGCAGCAGUGGAAACAAGGUUUCUGGAGUCGUAGACACGCAAGAAUUACUCGUUUGGGGAGAAAUAAGGGGUGGAGCGGGAGGAAGGAGUGGUGAAAGGCAACUGAUAACCGACGCCUGCACGUGGGGCGCGCAAUACGGAAUCGACGGAUACGUCAGGAUGGAGGCAGAUUUUGAAAUCAUGUACUGCAAUUUCUCGCAAGGGCUGGAACUCGUCUCUGCGGUCAACGUCGUAGGUGGAGGAUCGAUCGGUGGCCCUCGAGGUGGUCCAAGGAAAGAUCAAUAUCUCACAUCGCGGGACCGACUUCAGGGUCUGCCGCUGCCAGAAAGUCCGGAACACGGGCCAGGCGGUCCACCAGAUCGGCCUGGCAGUCCCAGAGGACCGGGCGGCCCUGGCGGUGGUUCCCCCACUCCCCCACCUGGAUGGAAAGGCAGCUUUCCUAAUUCCGUUAUGCACGAGGUCGGGCAUGCCGGCGCGUGGCAUAACGACUUUCCUGGCGAGCUACGUGUGCGCGUCGACCCGUCGGGCUUGAUAUCCUUCUUCGAUCCUGCGCUCACAUCGCUAGCCAAGGCGCGCCGCUCGCUCACGCGGCGGCAGUAUCGAUUGCUCAACAUCUCUGCAAUGGACAUAGCGACGGUGCAAGCGGACGCCGCGGACGUGUUUGCGCGGGUUUCGACGGCGGGGAGUGGACUGGACUGGCAGGGCCUCGCGCGAGUCAUUGAAGAUCGCUUCUCCGACAGGCUGCCAUACUUGCGGUAUUUGCUGCACCAGCCGACCACUAAUGUGUCGGCCCACACCGCAGACAUCCGUCAACAGCUGAUCACCUCGCUGCUGCCGUACAUGCCGCGUACGGGCGUCGGCGAGCCUGACUGGUUCGCGGAGAUUGCGCACGGUUGCGCGACCAGGUUCACGGCACAUCUCCCUGCCGCGCGGUUUACAAAGCAGGAGCAUGUGCUGUUUCGGGCCGUAGACGUGGUCCUGCACGAGAUCUGCAGGGUGCUAACUUCCGCGUGGAGAGACGCUUUCGAUGUAGAGCAGCAAAGCGUCGACGUCGCGGCAGGCCUGCUAAAGAAGUGGAAGGAUGAUGUCGACUGGCUCGUUGAGUGGUUAGAUUGGCCGACGUGGAUGGGGUGUCAUCCGGCUUGCGGUGUCGAUGAAUGGUGCUAUGUUCCACAGCAUAGGCCUUUCGGUGGAGAUGACGAGAACGACCAUACACCUCGAUGCGUUUCUAUGACACCUCCUUUAUAG